AUGGCUUCAUCUACAGAUGCUCCUAGUAGAAAGCGUCUGGUAAACAACAAUUCAGGACUUUUGUUCGAGGAUGAACAAGAUAUGCUUAGUGCUGUGAUAUCCACAUUGCAAUGCCCCGAGGAAAAAACCACUGUUUCUCAAACAUAUGCCAAUGGCUUGAACAAUGCAACUGAAGUGCAAGCUUAUGCCAAGAUUGCUGGUAGGGAUUGGACUUAUUACGUUAAAUCAUUGGCUGUUUCUAUAGGAAGAAACACUGAAGUGUCUGGCAAUAACAACAACAACGACAACAACAACAAUGGAAGUGUAACCAACACUUACAAUGGACCCCUCAUUGACAUUGACUUGGGUCCAGCAAAAAUUGUUAGUAGACAGCAUGCCACCAUAACUUACAAUCUAGACUGGAGAUGUUGGGAAUUAAAAGUUUUGGGUCGAAAUGGAGCCAAAAUUGAUGGACAAAAAAUUAAUGGGGGAUCCCAAAAGCUCAAUGCAUUACAUUCAGGAGCAAUCUUGGAUGUAGGGGGAACUCAAAUGAUGUUUAUAUUACCCGAUGCGGCACCUGUAGUGGCACCAAAGAUGUUGGAGAAAGCACUUGCAAAGUAUAAUGAACAAAACAAGGACCAAAUCAAGCGCCAACGUUCAUAUAGUGGAGCUUCAUAUAAUGGUGGUGGUGGUGGUAGUGGAGGAAACAGAGGUUAUCAUGUGUAUGAAACUAUCCUGAUGAACCAUUCACCAAGUUCUGCAUCGGCAACUUCAUUACAACACAAUUUGGAUGAAGAUUUGUCCAAGGAGGAAUCAAAAGAUAUCAAGCCACCGUAUAGUUAUGCCACCAUGAUCACUCAAGCCAUUUUAUCUGAUCCACAUGGAGUCAUGUCCCUUUCGGAUAUCUACAAUUGGAUUUCCGACCGUUAUGCAUACUACAGAUUUUCUAAAACUGGUUGGCAAAAUUCAAUUAGACAUAAUUUAUCAUUAAACAAGGCAUUUGAAAAAGUUCCUCGAAAACCUAAUGAACCUGGUAAGGGAAUGAAGUGGCAAAUCAGCGAAUCUUAUAAACAAGAUUUUCUCAAGAAAUUGAAUGAUGGAACUCUUGCAGGAUCAAGAAAGGGGUCCUCAGUGUCUCGACAAUUGAGUUUGCAUUUAGCCACACAUAAGCAUUUACCUGAUCCUAAUAAUCCUUGUCUUGAUGUAACAAAUAAUCAAUUUCAACAACGAAAUUCAAUUGAUCAAGGUCAGCAACAACAAGGCUCGUAUAGCCAUCAACGAUCAGAUUCGAAAGCUUUCAAUUUCAAUAAUAUGCAAACAAACCCAUUACAGUACCCAGGACAACAAGAUCCGUACAUUCCCAUUGCAGGUCGUCCAUAUCCAUAUCCGCCUCCACCUCCACCUCCAAAUCAUCCUCAGCAGCAGCAACAGCAACUACAACUACAACAAAAUCCGCAAAAUCAACAUCCGCAAUCAACAAUGUACCCUCAACAACAACAAAUACCCAAUUAUCCCAUUGUAGGAGCCAUAAAUAAUUUGGCUUCUCCAUUAAGACAACCACAACAAUUGAACCAACAAUUACCACCGCCAUCGCAACAAUCACAACCUUUGCGUGAAGGUGCAAAAAAUCACACCAAUUCCAUGUAUGGUAUCUCUUUACAAAAUAGCGGCCUUGAUGUCAAGCCAAAUUUACAUUCUCGUACAUCAUCAUACACCACGUCAAAUCAGUUGCCAGAUUUGUCUCAAAUGCAUUCAUUUGCUUCAAAUCAAAAUGACUCACUUUCUUCAAUUGCUGCAUCUACUGAAAACACCACUUCUGGUAUGUUGUCGUUUACCAGUCCCAAAAAGAUUUCGGCUUUGGAGGCAUAUACGCCUGAGCGUGGCUCUAAUAAGAAUGCAGUGGGGAAUAAACCGGUAAAGCGAGAAUCGCAACAACUGCAAGAACAUCAGUCACAACAGUCACAACAGUCACAACAGCAAUCACAACAACAACAAUCCUCGCAACAGCUGACCCAACAACAACCCCAGCUGCAGCUGCAACAACAACCACCUCAACUUCAACCACCUGUUCAGAACUCCAACCAAACAAGUCCAGCAUUUUGGAACUUUGUCCAAUUCAGCACUCCCAAUGGACAAACUCCCACCAGAAAAGAUAGUAAUGAUAGUGAUGAACAAAACAAUGGUAGUCCCACCAUGAAUAGGAAAAGUCACAAGAAUGUAAAGCAAGAACCAGAAGAGGAUUCUCCAUUUAAGAAAGAGCAUGAUCAACAGGCAGCAGGGAUGGUUGACUCGUGA